UAGAACCAAUUAUCCUACAACCUACAAACAAUGACGGAAGUAAUGGCAACAGAAGAAGCCAAAGAAGAAACACGAGGAGAAGCAAUACUCAAAGGCUUUCAAGUUAAUUGGAUGAAUUUGCGGGAUGCAGACACAGGUAAUUCAAAUGUGAUUCAAAUAUUGUGUAAUCUUCACAUAAAGCAGUAAUUCUGAUAGUAUGUAUGUCAAUUCUGAAAAUCAUUACAGAUUAGAUCAUAGCAUUUGCGUUGUAAAAAUACUAAAGGUAUCCAAACAGUUGUUUCUUUACAUAAUGUGUUUCAUUACAGGUAAAAUUCUGUGGCAGCAUAAUGAAGAUAUGUCCAACCCCGAUGUGGAGCAUGAGGCCCGAGUUCCAAAGCGUAUUCUUAAAUGUAGAGUAGUCUCCCGUGAGUUAAACUUCAGUUCGGUUGAAUCCAUGGAACGGUUCCGGCUAGAACAAAAAGUUUUGUUCAAAGGGCGUUGCUUAGAAGAAUGGUUCUUUGAAUUUGGCUAUGUCAUUUCUAAUUCUUGCAAUACUUGGCAGUCUAUGAUUGAGUCAGCACCUGAAUCCCAAAUGAUGCCUGCUAAUGUUUUAAAUGGCAAUGUAGUCAUAGAGACAAAAUUCUUUGAUGGAGAUAUGCUGAUCACAACUUCGAAAGUAAGGCUGUUUUAUAUUUAAAUAUAAAAUACAAUUUCACAGCACAAAUAGAUGCAUUUCUAGUCAAUUAAUUGAAAUGAAGCACUUUACGAUUAUAGGGACAAAUCAGUGUAUUUAUUAAAUUGUUGAUGGACAUAUUCUUUUGCAUAAUGAGCUUCAUUCUUGCUGCAUUUGUUAUAUUUCAAUUGAGUGGUGUUAUGCAGAAAGCAGACAAUUUUUAAAGCUAGUAAGAAUGAGUCUGUGGAGUAAUCUUUAAGUAUAAUUGUGAAAGCAGAAAGUGGUCAUUUUUGUGAUCAAUUAGAAUCAAAUUUUAACAUGGGAUCAUAGAACAAAUUUUUGCUUGCUUCGAAAAUCACUAUCUGCUUAAUAAUGCUCAAUUAUUUCUCAAAAAACAAUUAUUCCAUAUCAAUUGUUGAUUUCUCUUUUGAAGUUUUAGUGUACAAAAGAAUUGAGUAAGAAUAAGAUUGUAUGAUAUAGUAAAUUAACCAUUCAAUCUGUAUCUAUUUAUCUUACUGCAUUUUCACAUUAAAUAAAUAUUAAAUGAAACAAAUUGAUAAUUUUACUGUGACUUUUGUGUUUAUUUAUUAUGAUUUUUCCAAGCCAGGCAAUUAGAAAAUUUUAAAUUAUUUUUAUGUCAUUCCAUGUAUGUUCUCCUUCAAUAAAUUCGGAAAGGUGAUUUUUAAUCUGCCAAAUGUUUUUAGAACUAUCAUACAAUUUUCUGGUAUUUCAUAACAACUUUAAAACACAUUUUGCAUUUUUUUUUCAAUUCCUACACCAUACAUUUAUAUGCCCCAAAACCUAAUAAAAAUUACGCUCUUAUUUCUUUAAAAUUAUUUGUCUAAUAGUGCAUAUUAAUAAGCAAUAGUGGUGAUGACAGGGUAAAUUAAACGAAAUUCUGUUUAGUCAGUCAUUUAAAUUAUCAAAAAAUAAUGAACACAUACUUUUUCUUUUGUCAAGCAACCAAAAAAUUACGUUACUUCUAAGACGUGACGUCAUGCAACAUCUCAAAUCAAAUAUCUCUACGGUUUUGACUAUGAAAAAAAAAGAAUAAACAUGUGUCCAAUACUUUUUGAUAAUCUACCUGCGGGACAAAAAACAGUUGGUCAUCAUACCUAUUGAGGGGUGAGUCAUAGUAAUAUACUUAUAAUAAUAAUAAAAAAAGGAACGUGCCUUGCUUGAAAAUCUUGACAUUCUUUUUUUUUGGUGAUGCACAUAUAAUUAUAUAUUACGUCACUUUAACUUGUCUUUCGUUAGGUUGUAAUUGUUUUUUGUUUUGAAUUAUAAAAAAACAAAGUUUUCUCCGCGCAUUGGGCAAAAGUAUUGUUUUUAAUAUUUAUAAAUACAGGAAAGACGCUUAACAUAACACAGCAGACGCCACAGGUACAUUUUACCAAAUAAUUUACCUCACAAUAUAUUUCACGUCGGUGUCGUUAUGUCAGUCAUACCGAGAAAAAAAGGAGAAGAUUAAUUUUGUCAUUUGGAUAAUGUCAUCGAUUUCACUCCACCACUGGGUAUUCCAACAAGUCUAAUCUAAUUAACUAUAAGCACUGUUAAUACACAGGUACCAUUAAACAUUAUAACACAUCAGACCUCAGGCCCAAGCGCGAACUUUGACAGCUUCGUAAAAUCGAAUAUCAUCGUCAAAGUUUCUAUGAAAACUAAUCAGCGCCCCUACCGGCCGUAACAAUAAACUGGCUCUUUCCAUUCAAAAUUUGACGAUGACGAUACGAUUACGGAGCUAUCAAAAUUCGUGCGUGAGCCUCAGAUAAAUUUCUAAUUCAAAUGCAUUAUUUUAAUUAUUAUGUCUGCAUAAUCUCUAUAAUGCAUUUUCUUUGGUACAUUUGAAACCGUGUUGGUGUUGGACGGACGUAUGGCAUUUAGUCAUUAAUUUUGAACUUUAUUUUGUAGUAAGAAGUGCGAUAUUCUUAUGCA